AUGAUAUUUUGUACAUUUCUAGAACUUGGUUCUAGUUCCAGUUUCUACCUCAAUGUUUGCAAAGACAAAGCAGUCAGAGAUUUGCCAAAAUGGCAUGCGUUCAUUCUACCAAAUCCGCAUACCAAACGGUUGACAUACUUCAACAGUAUUGUGGAAGAAAUUUACAACUCCGCAUAUCAGCACCUUGGCUCAGGUUUUGACAAGUACUUGGCCCAGCAGCAACAAUUUCGAUGGAGUUUACACCAAGAUUUAACUGCCAUAUCUAUGACUGUGAAGUCAUAUGAAAAUGGGAAGGAUGGGGUUUCCCAAAACAUAAUCCGGUACCAAGGGAUGCCAUCAGAUGUCAAGGAUUCUGAUGUUCAUCGAUCAGAAGCAACACUGCAAAUAUUAAGGGGUUCCGAGUCCAAAAUAAGUGUACUUCUAGCAAAGCUUCGUGAAAGGAAGGAACAUCUAUAUGAGCCUACAAAUGAACUCUAUCUAUGGGCUAGAAGUGAACUAAAGUGUAUUGAUGAUUCACAAGAAAUACUUUGCCAAGAAUCAGACAAAGUAGUGCAUUGGGAAAAUGAAGUAUCACAUACAGCAAGGCUGAUAAAAAAAACGGUUUUCCAAAAUAGAUUCUGAUGUUACAGAAAAAAAAGUCACGCUAAGCGCCGCAAAGAGCAAAAAAAGAAAGGCAAGAAAAAACAACGACAAUCUACUGCAAAACUUGCUUAUAAACUUGUGAGGGAUUCUCACGGAAAGGAAAUUGCAGAUGAAGUUAUAAAGGUGGAGAAUGGGAAAUUUCUGUAUGGUGCAAAAUCAGAAAAAAAGCUUCAAUCAAAGAAACUAGGAACACUUAAUUUAAAACUUAGGUUUCACUUGGCAGCCCUACAAUACCUAAAAGAGAUUGAUGCAAUCAAUGGGAAUGAACUGCCUGAGGUGGAUAAUUACAUAAGCAUUUUGCUUGCUAGAAAAGCAGCUGCCAAGGUGAAAGAAAACAAAAGCUAA